AUGGCUAAAAAGAUUUCCAAGCAUUCUCGUGCAGCCCGCAGGGGCGAAAUUAGUGAAGCAACGGGGGAGGCGAGAGAUCUAGAAAGAGUUCCUCGUUUGGAGAAAACUGACACUAUAGGGCCAAUGAUUCGUGCAUCUGCAUCUAAAAAUGAAGACUUAUUGCGGCAGAAAAUGGAAAAAAAAGCUUCAAAGUCCAAUAAGAGCAAGUCAGCUAUCUCCAAAGCGAUCAAGACUAGAAGAAAAAAAGCUGUAGUUAUUGACGGAAGGCUUGGAUCUAAAAUCGAGGCCAGUAUCAACAGAGCAAAAGAAAUUCAAUCCAUGAGAAAAGCUAAUUGGGAUACCAUAAAUAAGCAAGCCAAGGAAGCGGUGAAAAGCAAACUAUUAUAUCAUGACAAUAAUAGCCAAACUGAAGGACGCAAGGACGCCACAGAAGAUGAUAGUGACUGGGAAAAUAUGGAUGAAGAAGAAGAAGAAUCGAACGACCUCGUGCCCUCUAAUAGAUUUGCGCUAUUGGAAGAAGUUGAGGCAUGA